AUGUGGACUCUUGAGCAUCGAGGCAAUGAUGAUUGUUUAAGAAGAUUGUUUGUCACCAUCCUGGUUUAUUGCAUGCCCCAUGAAGUACGCAGUUUGUGGGAUGAAUUUUAUCCAUUCAUGAUAGAGGAUUAUCCUUCUUCGAGCACCACGGACAAUGUACGUAUCACAAAUAGACUUUUACGAGACUUGAACGAGUUGUUGGUGCAGCACAGUAAGUCCGUUUUUGAUUAUGACUUGCCAGAAAUGACUCAAGAUGGUGGUGAAAAUUCUUCAAUGCCAAGGCUAAUACAAGAUGAAAUUUCAAUUAACAUUCCUCAAGAAGACCGGGAUGCAGUUCAUCAUUUGAAUGAGGAUCAAACUUUUGCAUACAAUUCCAUAAUAUCUGCUAUUGAGUGUCAUGACAAUGCCAUAUUUUUUGUUGAUGGUCCAGGAGGAACUGGAAAGACAUACUUAUAUCGUGCAUUAUUAGCAAGCUUGAGAAGCAAUGAUCAUAUUGUAUUGACAACAGCAACUUCUGGCAUAGCAGCAACAAUACUACCUGGUGGGAGGACGGCACACUCUAGGUUUAAAAUUCCUCUUAAUCUUGAUGCAUCUUCAACAUGUUGUAUUAGUAAACAAUCUGAUUUAGCAGAGUUGAUAAGAAAGUCAUCGGCAAUUGUUUGGGAUGAAGCACCAAUGAUGAAUCGAUAUGGGUUUGAAGCUCUUGAUCGAACAUUUAGAGACAUAACAAGUGUCGAUUUCCCAUUUGGAGGAAAGGUGAUGAUCUUCGGGGGUGAUUUCCGACAAGUUCUUCCUGUUAUCCAUAAGGGUACGAGAUUUGAGAUGGUGCAAGCCAGUUUGAUUAAUGCUUCAUUUUGGAAGGAUGUGAAGAUUCUUCGUUUGACACAGAAUAUGAGAUCCAUCAACGAUCCAGAUUUCUCAGAGUUCUUACUUCGUGUUGGUAAUGGAGAACAACCAACUGUGGUUGAAGACAUAAUACAAAUACCUUGGCCCAUGAUCAUACCAUGGGAGAAUGAAGAAUCAAUCAACCAGUUGGUUAAUCAAGUCUUCCCUAAUUUGGAUCGUCAUGUAAAUGAUGCCGGGUACAUGGUUGAAAGAGCAAUAAUUACUCCAAAAAAUGAUGAUGUUGACGUACUCAAUGAAAGAAUCAUACAACACUUUCCAGGGCCUGAACGAAUCUUAUACUCUUUCGACUCAGUUGAGGAUGACACCAGAAAUAUGUAUCAACAAGAAUUUUUAAAUUCGAUUUCACCUUCUGGUAUGCCGCCACAUCAGUUGAUUAUAAAGAAAGGUGCCCCAAUUAUGCUUUUGAGGAAUAUUGACCCAAAGAUGGGGUUGUGCAACUGUACAAGAUUGACUUGCCGCGGAGCAUAUAACAAUCUAAUUGAUGCAGAGAUUUUAACAGGACAUUUUUCGGGAACUAGAGUUUUCUUGCCAAGAAUCGCUCUUAAGAGUGCCGAAAGUUCUGGACUCCCGUUUGAGAUGACAAGAAAGCAGUUCCCCGUAAAGUUGAGUUUUGCACUUACCAUAAAUAAAUCACAAGGCCAGACAAUACCAAAUGUUGGUAUUUACCUUCCUGAUCAUGUGUUCAGCCAUGGACAGCUGUACGUGGCUUUAUCGAGAGGAGUUUCAGAGGCAAGCACCAAAGUUUUGGUAAAAAAAGGUUCAUUAGAGGGUGAGGAAGGGGUAUUCACAGUAAACGUUGUGUAUAAAGAAAUUUUGCUUCCUUCCACAUAA